CUUCCCUCUCUCUCUCUCUCUCUCCAUCAACUUCCUAUUCACCUCCCACCUCGACGCGAAAAAUUUCUAUCAAGCGCGAAGCAGUGUCGCUCGUAUUGUCGCUGCCAUACCAUUUUAUUCCCCGCGAUUAAUUUUUCAUCGUUGUCUCGGACAACACCUCGGCUAUCCUCUCCGCCGCUUUAAUCACCCGCCAAGCGCGUUUCAUCUAUUAUCCAACGCUCACGUUACUCGGUGACCAUGUCUUCCAAGCUUGACCAGUCUCUCGAAGACAUCUCCAAGUCUCGUCGCCAGAGCGGCCGUGCCAAUCGCCGCCGCAGUGGCCCAGCCAAGGCUGCCACGACCAAGGCUCCUGUUGGUGGAAUCAAGAAAAACACCAAGCCAGCCAGGCCUACUACCAAGGGUUCCGCCAUCGGCCCUACUUCUCCUGUCUAUGAAAGCAAAAUCAUCGUUAGUGGACUGCCACACGAUGUCAGCGAAAACAGUAUCAAGGAUUACUUCACAAAGACAGUCGGUCCAGUCAAGCGGGUCACCGUGACCUACAACCAGAAUGGUGUUAGCCGGGGCAUUGCGUCAAUCAUAUUUGGCAAGCCUGAUACCGCCGCCAAGGCUGCGAAGGAGCUGAAUGGCACUCUUGUCGACGGUCGCCCGAUGAAGGUUGAGGUAGUCGUCGAUGCAACCCAUGCUCCCCAAGUCUCUGCGCCUAAGCCUCUUAGCGAGCGCGUGGCUCAACCCAAGGCUCAGCCCAAACCCGCUACUGGCACAAAGAAUGCCGCUGCUGGCCGCCGCGGCCGUGGACGUCCACGCAAGGGUAAAAACCCAACUCAGCGUAAGAAAACUGCCGAGGAGUUAGAUGCUGAAAUGGACGACUAUUUUGUCGGAUCGGAGAAUGCUCCAGUUGACGCUACAGCAAAUGGCACUGCUCCGCAGGCUACUAACGGAGAUGAAACUAUGGCUGAGAUUUCUUAAGCGAGAGGCCGACAUGGAAACCGCCAUCGAAAUUCGAUUGUUCGACAGCUACUUUACAGUUGAUUGAUUCGUUUUAAAUGAUAUUUAAUAUUUGAGACGAGCUGGCAAACAGCAUUCAUGUCUUGUUCUUAUACCUUGUGAACUUCUUCUCUUACGUGAACGUGACUUGUGGAUGGAUGGGAUGGAUGGGCAGACUUGCAAGUAGUUGUUAUCUUUGAUCAAAGCAAUUCAUUGUCUCUUUGUAAAUUUGCUCGAGAAGGUUCGAAAUGUAACAAUUCAUCAUAAUACUAAAUCAGACUGGAACUAGGACUAUGGGUAUGGAAAUUACUGAUCCCUAGAAUUGCCACCCCUUGAAGAGUUUA